GCAGGUGAUGUGCCAGGACUUCCAUUUAUUCACAGAAGGCUGCCUGUUUCUAACAAUUAAACACAUGGGAGAGUCUAGGUUGCUUUCCAGACAGAAUAUUUAAAAAAGAGAAAAGGCUUCUUCAACCAGAAAUGUCAGGAAACUCCGUGGUCGGUUCCUUUGCUGUAGCAGAUUAUGUGGUUUUUGCUCUCAUGCUGCUGGUUUCUGCUGCUGUUGGGGUCUACUACGCCUGGACCGACAGGAGCCAGAGAAGCUCGGGGGACUUCCUGACAGGGGGUCGCAGGCUGACCGCCCUGCCUGUCGCUAUGUCCCUGACUGCCAGCUUCAUGUCAGCCAUCACUGUCUUGGCAAACCCAGCUGAGGUUUAUCGCUACGGGGCCAGCAUCGGAUUUUAUGCUGUCUCUUAUGUAUUCACAAUGCUGAUCACCUCUGAAGUCUUUCUCCCAGUUUUCUACAAGCUGGGCAUCACAAGCACCUAUGAGUAUCUGGAGCUGCGUUUCAGCAGAGCGACGCGUCUGCUAGGAACCAUGCUCUUCAUUGUUCAGACAAUCCUCUAUACUGGGAUUGUCAUCUAUGCGCCGGCUCUUGCUUUAAACCAAGUGACUGGUAUGGAUCUGUGGGGUGCUGUCAUUUCAACUGGAGUGGUCUGUACAUUUUACUGUACGAUGGGGGGUCUAAAAGCAGUUGUGUGGACUGAUGUCAUUCAGCUCGGUGUGAUGCUUGCAGGCUUCCUCGCCGUCAUCAUCCGCUGUGUAGUCAUACAAGGUGGAGUCCUCCCCAUCAUCUCUGACUCACAGCAUGGAGGAAGACUGAAUCUCACAGACUUCGAUCCAAACCCACUAAGGAGACACACAUUUUGGACUCUUUCUAUCGGAGGGACAUUCAUUUGGCUCAGUGUCUAUGGAAUCAACCAAGCCCAGGUUCAAAGAUACAUCUCCUGCAAGACCAUGACUCAUGCCAGACUCUCCUUGUACAUCAACUUGUUGGGUCUUUGGUCCAUUUCGCUGAGCUCAGUGUUUGCAGGAUUGUGUCUUUUCUCAGUCUAUAAAAGUUGUGACCCCUGGACCACUGGACUUAUUUCGGCUCCUGACCAGCUGAUGCCGUAUUUGGUGAUGGACAUCUUAGGAGACUAUCCUGGCCUUCCAGGACUGUUUGUUGCAGCGGCUUAUAGUGGAUCUCUGAGCACAGUGUCUUCUAGCGUCAAUGCCCUUGCAGCAGUAACAGUGGAGGACAUUGUCAGACCGUGCGGCAACUUUUCGGAAAAGCAGUUAUCUUGGAUCUCAAAAGGAAUGAGUCUUUUUUAUGGGGUUUUAUGCAUUGGGAUGGCUGGGUUGGCCUCACUUAUGGGAGGAAUCUUGCAGGCAACCAUCAGUAUUUUUGGGAUAAUUGGAGGUCCUUUACUUGGCUUGUUCACACUAGGAAUCCUAUGUCCAUUUGCCAACUCUAAAGGAGCUUUAUCAGGCCUUGUCUCAGGGCUGGCGUUGUCUCUGUGGAUUGGCAUUGGUGCUCAGAUAUAUCCUCCAGCACCUGAAAUGAGCCGACCUCUACCAUUGUCCACCGAUGGCUGCAACUUCACCGUUGCUCCUGGCUUAAAUUGGACUUCCAGUACUCUGCCUUUCCAGAACGCCACAGCAGUGGUUUCAGUCCACAACAGUGUCAAGCCUUUGCUAGCUGACCUCUACUCUCUGUCCUACCUUUACUUCAGUCCACUGGGAACUAUAGUAGCUAUUGGUGUAGGACUGGUGGUCAGCAUCUUGACAGGAGGAAGAAAGCUCAAAGUGGAGCCAAGGCUAAUAUUAAAAAAGGAAGACACAACCUUUUAUUAUUUUAUUAAGAUGUUUAAAGGCAGAAUCAAGAGUCGAAGUGGACAUCUGGACCUGAAGAAGGACCGAGAGAUGACAUUUGGCAAUUCUAAUCCUGCUUUCAGCGAUUUUGAGAUGGACCUCACAAGAAACAGUGCUUCUUGAUAAAAUAAUUUUUCUCUGGUCUUUUACAAAGGAAUACCAAUAAGUACAAGAAACAAAGAUGUGGAUUGUUUAUUUGCAGGAAUAAAAAAGAUUAACUGUAAUUUAAUGU